CGUCACAUGAGCAAGAAGACUUAGUGUGGGAAAGAGCUGGCCCCCUUGUUCACUUCGGACCGCCCCGGACCGCAAGUUGUGCCUGACAAUAAAUGCCUCACUCCGUGAUCAGAUGACAUAGCACCUUCACGCCUACCAUGAACGCAUACACCUCAAAUCAAAAACAAUCCAGGAAACCUGUCUUUUUCAUUGCAGCAAUCACUGCUGCGGUUUUCUUUUUCGGCUACACCUGGCUGUUCAAGCCAUCCAAGACCGUGAUCGUCCAAAAGGCCACUGUAGUACUAAAAGGCGACUCCCCAGUCACUGGCACUAUCACAUUCGAACAGUCCUCAGCAGAUGGUCCAGUCAAAAUCUCAGGAGAAAUCGUGAACCUCGACCCUUCUGCUAGACGUGGAUUCCAUGUCCACUCUCUAGGAGACCUUAGCAAUGGCUGUAUGUCAACGGGGUCGCACUUUAAUCCAUACGACCAAAGCCAUGGUUCUCCCCAGGACUCUGUCAGGCAUGUUGGUGACCUAGGGAACAUCGAAAGCGAUGAAUACGGCACAGCCACCAUUUCCUUCGAAGACAGCCUCAUUUCCUUGAAUGGCCCCACGAGCAUAGUCGGACGGGCUGUUGUCGUUCAUGCGGGCGCCGAUGAUUUGGGAACUGGCGGUAAUGAAGAGUCUCUGAAGACCGGAAAUGCAGGGGGACGAGCUGCCUGUGGUGUCAUCGGACUCGUAUAAAUCGUCUGAGUAUUGAAGCAUCAUGCAUUGUCUUGCGCUUCUCACUUGUCAUUGUAUCAUCGCAUGUCGUCCAUAUUUCUCGGCCUGUGACAAUUUAUUUGCCUUUACCUGA